CAUACAACAUCGCCAUGGUUGUCGUCGCUUCCAACUGUUUGAAUUUAUCAACCAAAUUCUGAAGCAAACCAGUAAGGUCAAACGUCAAAUUAAUUGCCGAAAUUUUACUCACAUAUUAUAAUAGGACCACCGUGUUCACCUUGGGCAAAAUUCGUUUGCGGUUAAGACGAACCUACAUUGAAGCAUCAACUUCAGGUGGAAGGAAACACGUCGACACACAUCCAAUUUGACUCACGUCUUCGUCAAACCUUCAAGAUGAGGGAGCGCAGAAAGUCGAACAAGAACGUGGACAUGACGUCCCCGUCCACUGCGACUCCUCCUACCGACGUAUCCCCAUCCACAAAGGCUGUGACAACACCGCGAGGCGGCUCUGCCAAGGACAUAUCGUCUAGUCCUUUAAACCUACGAAUCACAAGUUCCCAAGGACGACCUCUAUUCCCCAACUUGCCGAAGCACCCGAAGAUGCCUGACACCGAGGGCAAGAAAACAGCAGGCUUCGUCAAACCUGAAGAUGACAAGAAGGAUUACAAGUGGAACAGUAUGGCAGAGAUGAUCAGUGCGCACGUGGAAGAGUUGAAGGAGAGACCGCCUCUAGGCACGCCCAAGGAGGGGACAAAGCAGGGUGACAAAGUCGAUGGAGAAUCUCAGCAGACAUUGCAGAGCAAGGGAAAGGGAAAAGAGAAGGCAAUCUGACCUAUGAAGUCGAUGGGAUUGAAGAAAGGAAAUGCUAUGCCAUGCUUUCCAAGAUGUCACUAUACGUCUUCGGACAAUAAGGUUGAAGAUAGCAUGAGAGGGUAAAGUCCGUCGCUUUAAUUAAAAAGGGGUUGGAGCAGAGUUCUAGUAUUGCAUCAUAAGGCCAGUAAACCGUAUAAAGUGGAUAUCCAAUCCAUAUUCCUCAAGCAUGUAACCG